GGAGCCGGAAACGCGGCGGGGCCGGUGCAGGCCGAGGUGUCCGCUCCGCCGCCCGGCGGCCGGCAGCGGGGGCACAGGGACCGGGACGGGGACGGGGAAAGGGGUAGGGGGAGGGCCGCCGGGCUCCUCGGAGCUGCCCCCGAGGUGCUGCCGCCCCGGCCCCUCAGCAGGGCUUACUGCGGAGCUGCCGUCGGGGCGAUGGACGGCGGCGCGGCUCCGGGGCUGGUGAUGCUGCCGGCGUGGGAAAUGGCCGCCUACCUGUUCCUUACGGUUGGCUCCCACUUCUAUUCUUUCUAUGAAGUGCACCGAGUUUCUCAAAAGUAUGAAGGUGAAAUUGACAGAAACUUUGGACUGGAACAAGGGACUCUGUUUUGGGGCCUUAAAAAGGAUUCCCUGGACUUUGAGUGGAGCUACUGGGUUGAAUGGGGAAGGGAACGUAUACUGUUGCUUCUGGCUGGUCAUCUGCUGGUAUCGCAAAUGUGCAGGCUCUUCGUGGAGAAGUAUAAACCGUGGUGCUUGAUGGUGUAUGGAAUGGCUGCCUGCUGGUUUUUAUUAGGAAUCAAGGGCUUUGCGGUCAUCUUGUUAUAUGCAGCUAUUUCAUUUGCUGUGGCUCAGUUUCAGAUAUCGCUCCUGACGUGGAUGUGCUCUCUUGUCCUGUUAUCCACUUUACACAUACCAGCUGUGGAAGAAGCCAAGAGAAAGUGGUACGACACUGAAAAUGAGUAUUAUCUGCUUCUUUUCACGGUGUCUGUCCGUUGCCUCUUCUACACAAGUUUCAGCCUGGAAUACUGCUGGCAUGAACCUGCCCAGAAAUCAUCACAUUCGUUCCUGUGGAUGCUGGCAUAUGUGUUUUACUAUCCCUUGUUCCACAAUGGACCCCUUAUGAACUUUGAUGAAUUUAGUAAGCAGAUGAGGAAACAGGAAGCCUUCAGUUUGAAGACCAAUGUUGGCAUCUUAAUCGUGGGCGUAAUUCGUAUUUUCUUUUGGUGGUGCUUGGCUGAGCUAAUGAUACACCUCAUGUAUAUCCAUGCUAUCUGCAGCAGUUCUCCACCUUUGGAAGCUGUGUCAUACUGGGCCUUAGGUGGCCUGGCUUUAGCUCAAGUAUUAUUUUUUUAUGUGAAGUACCUGGUUCUGUAUGGUGUUCCUGCCCUCCUCCUUCGAAUGGAUGGACUCAAACCUCCAGCUCUUCCUUGCUGUGUGAGCCUGAUGCACAGUUUCACUAAAAUGUGGAGAAGUUUUGAUGUUGGGCUCCAUCGCUUUCUGGUCAGGUACAUUUAUGUUCCCAUGGGAGGAUCUCAGUCCAGUCUGCCAGGAAUGCUUUUUUCCACAGCCCUCACUUUUGCCUUUGUAAGCUAUUGGCACGGAGGACAGAGCUAUCUGUGGUACUGGGGAGCUCUUAAUUGUCUUGGAGUAAUUGUGGAAAAUGGCAUCAAGAGGAUACUUUCUGUUUCACUUAUUCGAGACUUAAUUGAGCAUUUCUUCUCGCCAAGAAUUCGUCGUCGACUUCAUGCCGUCCUAGCAUCUGUUUGCACUUCAGCGUUGAUUUUAUCAAACCUAAUAUUUCUUGGGGGAAAUCAUGUUGGAAAAAUCUACUGGAACAGGAUCUUUAUGGAAGGUUGGCCAUGGGCAACACUGACUGUUCUCGGGUUCCUGUACUGCUAUUCUCACGUGGGAAUCGAAUGGGAACGCACGUACGCUGUGAAUUAAGGGUGACGCAGAGCGACAAGUAUCAUGGCAGCUUACACGUCGAUGGUUUUCUACACUGGACGUCUUAUCUGCAGAAGAAUGUGCCAGACCAAGUACUUGGUCAAAGUGUUAAAACUAAAAGCUCAUUUAGUUCCUUCUGGAUGGUGAAUUCAGGAAUUUAAGCAGAAACACUAAUGGGCUAUAUGAAGGGUGGGGAGAAAUUAUGAAGCAUUUUGAAUGAUGUUAUUUUUAUAAAACAGCAAGUCUGUGACUGUACACUGAAAGUGUGCACCUCAGAAUAUGUAUUUCACAUGUGAUAAAGACUUUUUAUUUCUUCCAAUAUUUUGCUGCCUAUUUUGACGUACUGAAGAAAAUUCUUUUUUCCUACAUUGCACAAUUCAAAAAAAACCUCCAAUCUCUCUCAGCUUCUGUCCAGGGGCACACAGGGCUGUGCCCCGCACUUACAUUACUUGUGACAGGCAGGAUGCUCAUCAGUUCAUUUUGAUUGCUUUCUGAUUUAAGGUAGAACAUUUUUGGUGUUCUCACUGCUUGCAGUUUUUCAGCCGUAAAGGACCUUCUAGUUACUGUAGCAAAGUCUGCUUUUUCUCUUUAAUUUCUUCAUUUAAACGCUUUUUUUUUUGGAAGUCUUGGGAGUGUUUGUGUUUGAUCAUUCAAAAAGAGGAAGGCAGGCCUUAAAAAAAAAGAAAAAAAAGUCAACUUUUAUUUUUAAAUCUAAUAUGACCUUACAGCUCCUUGGGCUUUAAGUGCUCUCUGCCUUGGGUUAGCACUAAAGCGUGUAAUAUUACCUCUGUGAUGGAGUGAAUCCCACCUUCAGGGGAGCUGGUUAGUCUGCCUCUGGUGCUUUUCUAUGAAAGGACAUAAGCCAGGGCUGACUGAAUGGUAGGUCUGCUUCAUCCUCUGCUGUCCAGGCAAUUAGCUUCUGCAAUAUUAAAGAGACAGACUAGGAGCAGAAUUAUAAGAGCCUUAAAAAAAAAUAAAUAAAAAUUGUCUGUUACAGUAGCACCAAAUGAGCCAGAGCUUCAUGUCCUUUGCCCGCAGCCAGACCUGUCACAGCAGCAUCUUUGCUGAAACACUGGGUUGCCCAGAGCUGGCAAAGCUCUGCCUGUCUGGUUGCGAGCCUUGAGGCUGCGAGUGCUGGCACGCGCCGUUUUCCAAGGGGAAGGGAGACCCUACCCACCUCUGGUACAAGGGUCGUCUCCCAGUCUGUUCCCUGUUAAUCAGCCUGAAGGCCUUUAGUGUACGUGGCUAGGCUUUCCUUUAGGCACAGCAAAAGGCCACCAGCCCUGGAGAAGAGCACUGCUUCUGCCGAGAGCAGCUCCUGCACCCGAAGCAGCAGGACUCCUCUCCAAACUGGUUCCGUGCCCCCGGCAGCCAUCCCAGCCUGUUGGUAGGCACAGAUGAGUGUCCUGCUGUCCAUCGCUCCUGCAGCUUUGGACAGUCUGAUCGAGAUCAUCCCUUCAGCAAGAAAUUCAGUCCCUGAGAUAGGCUUCAGCUCAGUGCCUGCAUUUCUGAUGUCUCUGCUGCUCUGACGCCUUUUUCCCCCUUCAUUUGUUGCUGCAGAAAAAAGGGCAGAGUCUUCAGCUGUCUACCCAUCCAGAGACCCAGCCUUUCGCUUACUAUUUCAGGGUAGAACCUCCAGCCCUUUAUUUUUAGGGAAGGAUUUUUCCACUGUGCAAAUGCAGUUAUUUCCCUUGGAAGUUAUCUCUAGGAGAUACGAUGGACUGUUGAAAAUAAGACGCACCAUGCGUGCUGCCCGGCCAGAGAUGUGGCCCUCUGGAUUGAUUUAUGGUAAUUAAUUACAGGGAUCCUCUCAACCAGAGAAGUAUUUUGCUCUCAGCCUGCGAAUUUUCUAAAAACGUCUGAAAUUGGCCUCAGCUUUGGAGUAGCACUGAGCUAAGGGCAAGAACUUCCUGAAACUUAACUCAGACUUUGUAAUUAAGUGGAAUUAGCAUUGGAGUGAAAAGUCAUGAGUCUGUUCCUCAGUCUGAUCGAUUACCAUUACUGCAUGACACGAGUGGCUACUGAGUGAUGGGAUUCCAAUUUGUAUGCGUGCAAAGUGCCCUGCUCUAAUAUGGCAAUGACCCUGAAGGUUGGCUAGAUUAUGCUUCUUUCUAAAACAAAAUUGUUUUUUAUAUGUAUUUUUUCAGUGCUUUAUACAUCUUCCCUAAUUUUGUAUCCUUUUCUGUUUCAAAAAAUAAAGCUGAAACUGACA